CUUACAUACCACCCGCCCACCAUUACGUGCAUACCGACUUUCGUACGAAUACGUCCACACUGCAACUUUCCCUCACCGCAUAGCGCACAGCCAAGCAUCUGUGCCUCCAGAGCAAGUCGUCGCUCCGGUCUCGCAACUGCUCACGUCAAGAUCCCUCGGCUAGAGACAAUUCCACUCCGCCGCUCAUCAUCUCAGUCCAGGAGCGUACGUACAUAUAUACAUAGGCCGGCGGCCCCCCCUUCCGCGCGCGGCUGGCCAUCAUGCCGCCAGCGCGCCCCCUGCCCUUUGUCGGCGACUUCUCCUCGCCCGACGAGUACGUCGAGACGCUGCUGCGCUUCGCCCGCACCACGGACAUCUUCCAGAUCCUCUGCGGCGGCGUCCACAUCCUCGACUUCUUCACCUCGGAGCCGGGGCUCUUCCACGCCGCCCUGCCGCCGGAAUGGCACCGCUUCCUGCUGUCGCAGGACAUUAUGCGCCUCCUGGACUUGUUCAUGCGAGACGACCUCGACACGCUAGACUUUGAGGAUGGAAACGGGCCGCCAGAGAGCUUGUUACGGUACAUACGCUCCAUCCGCGACCUGUCCAUGGAGCGCCGCUUUCACACGCCCGCCGCGGAGCUGCCCGUCCUCCCGCGGACCGUCUCCGUAGGCAUGAAGCCCAAGAAGAUUCAUGAAGUCGCCAGCUUCGCGUCAUACCUCACUCGCCUGUCAGAUGACAUCCAAGCGUCCUCCUCGACAACAACAACUGGCGAGGAAGGCGCCCGCGACGCUGGCAUCACGCACUUUGUCGACUUUGGGAGCGGCCAAAACUACCUCGGCCGCGCUCUCGCCAGUGAACCAUACAACAGGCGCGUCGUCGCCGUCGAGGGUCGCGAGAACAACGUCGCCGGUGCGCGCGUCCUCGACCGCCUUUCCGGCCUGGCCGUCAAGCAAAAAGUCAUGCGCAACAAGAAGCUCUGGAACCAGAUCCUCGAGGUCCGUGGUGCCGACAAGGAGGAUGACCCCGACGCCCUGGCUGCGGCUGUGAAACAGGUCGCCGGUGCUGACGCGUUUGAUUUCCGGCCCAUGGACCAGCUCGGGUGGACAUACUCGGUCGACGAGAGCAAGGGCCAGGUCCAAUACGUGUCGGGCCGGCUCGACAGCGGCGACCUCGCCGAGGUCAUCGCCAAAAUCGACUGUGGGUGUUCCUCCCCCGAAGACGGACUACCAACGCAUCAAGAUGCGGAGAGCGAGCGGCGGCGGCGACAGGAGCAGCUGAGGCUCAUGGCCAUAUCCAUCCACUCGUGCGGCAACCUCUCGCACUUUGGCAUCCGCUCCCUGGUCCUCAACCCGUCGAUACGCGCCGUCGCCAUCGUCGGCUGCUGCUACAACCUCAUGACGGAGCGCCUCGGGCCCCCGACGUACAAGCACACCUACCUGCGCCCCUCCCUCCAGGCCCUCAACGGCCGCGUCUUCAGCGAGUCGGACCGCCGCGACCCGCAGGGCUUCCCCAUGAGCGAGCGGUUCGCAACGACCCGCGCCGGCAGCAAGGAUGCCGACGGCAAGGACGGCGAUGCCGGCGUGCGGCUCAACAUCACCGCCCGCAUGAUGGCGUGCCAGGCGCCCCAGAACUGGUCCCGCGCCGACAGCGAGGCCUUUUUCACGCGGCACUUUUUCCGCGCCGUCCUGCAGAAGAUUUUCCUCGAUCGCGGCGUCGUGAGCCGCAUCUACCACCGCCAGUCCCCUUCUCGCUCUGCAGCAGCCUCAAAGGACAAGGACGAGGACAAGGACGGGGAGCGCGGGAACGAGGAGGACGAGGAAGGAGGGACACCGCCGCCGGCCGCGACCCAGCCGCGCCACCGCUCCCGCGGGCCGUUCGACUGCAGCACCAACCCCGUCACCAUCGGCUCCCUGCGCAAGUCGUGCUACGGCUCGCUGCGGAGCUACGUGCGCGGCGCCAUCGACAAGCUGACGACGAGCAGCGACCACAAGCAGUACGCGGACGUGAUGCGCGACAAGAUGGCGGGCAUCACCGACGAGGAGAUUGACGCCUACGAGGCGGCGUACCUGCCGCGCCGCAAGGAGCUGUGCGUGAUCUGGAGCCUCAUGGCCUUUAGCGCCACCGUCGUCGAGGCGCUCAUCGUCGCCGACCGCUGGACGUACCUCAUGGAGCAGACGGACAUCGUCGAGCAAGCGUGGGUCGAGGCCGUGUUCGACUACAAGGAAAGCCCGAGGAACCUGGUUGUCGUGGGCGUCAAGAAGCAGGGGGCGUAGGCAGAAAGAAACGCGUAGAGGGGCAGUCAGCGCGCCUGGACCCCUGACGGGCCGCCGCUGACGGCCCUCCUACGCAAAAUAUAGAACCUCUCAUGCAAAAACCCCUCCCUAGCAUCCAUAUAGAUCGAGGGCGUCAAGUCAUUUCUCUAUUGAGAGCCCUCGUCGGAAUUCCGAGUACAGGCCACUUCCAUGGGACUUCUUUGACGGGAUGGAGCAUGGGCCCCCCGUCCUUACACC